AUGAGAUAAAUUAACGUAGAUGACAAGUUGAUAAAGUAAAUAAAGGUUCUCAAACCUUUCAACUACUUCCGAGUUUUGGGCUAGAAGUUAGUUGAGGAUAUUGCAGUAUAACAUCUCAUUUUUAGCUUCUAUGUUAAUAAGUUCUCUAAAGCUCAAUUAUUAGAAAUUCUACGAGAGGAUAUCACCCUAAAACAUACAUAUGAGCAUAAAUUCUAGGACAAUUUAUUUAGUCAGCAAAAUAUAUUUGUCAAUGACAAAUCAAUUUGCUAUUAAAAGUAUUAAAACGAUGAUCAGAUAAGUCAAGAGUUUAUAGAUGAUUCAAUUGUCAAAAUAUUAGAAAUUUACUCCAUCUAUUUCGAUUUAUCAAGUUUAAUGAAUAUAAAUGUUCAAGAUGAGUUUACCCUGGUGCAUUUAGCAAUAAAAUCAGGACUCUAUAAAUGUGCCUUCUAUUUUAUCGAUAAGUUAAAGUUUGAAAUUGAUUUCUAUAGACCUUAAGCUAAGCUUACAUUACUUCACGUAGUAGCUAAACAUAGAAUUAAUCCAUUUUCUGAAUAUGAACAGGAAAUGCUUAUCAGAUUGAUGCAAAGAAGCAAUAAUUUGCUCUUAACUAAUAACUUUGGAAAGACUGUGAUUAAAUUAGCAAGAUUGUAAAACUGUAAAUAGAAUCAUGAAUUCUUAGAAAAGGAGAUGAGUACAGCUAUAAUAUAAAAAAUCUUUGGUAUGUCAUUUUUAAUGGACAAGUUGAUGUAAAGGAAAAAAGCUAAAUUAAAUAAAUAUAUAAUUAGGGAAAUCUUUAAGUACAUUGAUGGGUGA